UUUGCUUCUCUUUAUCAUUCCGACGAGCUUUGAGGAACUUUUUCUGCCUGUUCCUCUUGUUUCCUUCUAUUCCACUCCCUCUGUUUUUACUAAUAAACAUUUAUCUUCGUCUUCAAUUCUUCGAACAACAAAUUAACCCUUUUCAGUUCGUAUUUUUAAAUUUGAGCAAUAAUUAUUAUGGCGAUUGUAGCAGACUAUUGAAGAAGAUACUUUGAUCAGAGUCUUUAUUUUCAGUUGUUGAUAGCGCUAAUGUUUACCCCAUAAAUUCGCUCUUAAAGAUUCGGAUCCAAUCGAUAUAUACCUAUAUUCUGAACUGGUAAUCUGUAAGACAAACAGCGAUUGUGGUUAUGUCCAGCCUCAAGAAAGAGAUUAUCUUCUUAAUUUUACAGUUUUGUGAAGAGGAAGGCUUCAAGGAAACUGUACAUAUGCUCGAGCGUGAGAGCGGGUGCUACUUUGACAAGAAACAUUUCGAGGACAUGGUGCUUGCCGGGAAAUUUGAGGACGCUGAAACCUAUUUAUCUUGUUUCACAACUGUUGAUGACAAUAGGUUCUCCACCAAAAUAUACUUUGAAUUGAGGAAACAGAAAUUCCUUGAAGCGUUGGACACAAAUGAUCGUUCCAAGGCUCUAGAUAUCCUGAUGAAGGAUGUCAAAGUUUUUGCCCCAGGACACGAGGACCUUCUCAAAGAAAUGACUCAGCUGUUGACAAUUAAUAAUAUAAGGGAACAUGAAUCACUUUCAAACUACCAAGACACAAAUUCCGUGAGGAAGAUUGUCCUAGAGGAUCUUAAAACAAUCAUUGAAGAAAAUCCACUGCUUAAUGGGAAGCUGAAAUUUCCCGCAAUAAAAUCUCAGAGGUUAAGUAGUCUUCUUAGCCAAAGCUUAAAUUGGCAACAUCUGCUGUGCAAACAUCCUAUUCCUGAGCCUGUUAUACAAACCCUCUUUGUGGACCAUGUUUGUAAGCUGUGCUCAGAUCCCUCAAAUCCUGUAAACAGUGAUGAUUGUGGCCCCUCUACUGUAACAGACUCCUCGCUCUUCCCUACUGCUAAUGAAAGUUCAGAAGCGUCUGUGAAGGUUCUUGAGGAUCCUAAUCAAAUACUCAAGGGGGAAUCCUGCAAAGCUUUAAAUGAGGUAACAUCAUCGGCCGUAAAAAGUUACCUGCCCCGGAAAGUUGUUCUGACACUGAAUGAUGAUUCGCCACCUACUAGCAUGGAUUUUCAUCCUACUUGGCACACUGUUCUUCUAGUUGGAACUCAAAUCGGCAAUUUAGGAAUUUGGGAUGUUGCAUCCGGUGAGAAGUUGCUUUUUAUAAAUUUUGAGGUUUGGGACAUUGGAGCAUGUUCACCCUAUUUCAAGGAAGCCAUAGAAAAAGAUUUGUGGAUUUCUGUUAACAAAGUCAUUUGGAGCUCAGAUGGUUCAUUGUUCGGGGUUGCAUUUUCGAAACAUCUUGUUCAGUUAUAUUCCUAUAAUGGUGGAGUAGACAUUUGCCAGCAUCUGGAAAUUGAAGCUCAUCGUGGCAAUGUCAAUGAUAUAGCCUUUUCUUUCGUUCGUGAGCAACUAUUAGUCAUAACAUGUGGUGAUGACAAGGCAGUAAAGGUGUGGGAUGCGGAUACCGGUGAGCGGUUUUAUGUUUUUGGUGGUCACAAUGCUCCAGUUUGUUCCAUCUGUCCUCAUGUGAAGGAAAAUGUUCAUUUUAUAUUUUCAACUUCAAUCGAUGGGAAGAUCAAGGCAUGGUUAUAUGAUACUAUGGGCCCCAGAGUUGAUUAUGACGCCCCUGGUUGUGGAUACACUAAAUUGGCUUACAGCACUAACGAUCAAAGGCUUUUUUCAUGUGGUGUUGGCAAGGAUGGAGAGCCAUUUCUUGUGGAAUGGGAUGAAAGUGAAGGGUACAUAAAAAGAGUCUACGAAGGACUUAAGGCUCCAUGCUCUUCAAAAAUCCAAUUUGAUACGACGAGGAACCAAUUUUUGGUUGCUGGUGAUGAUCAUAUGGUUAAAUAUUGGGAUAUGGACAACGUACAGCUAUUGGCAAGCACCAAUGCCGAAGGGGGUUUGCUGGAAUAUCCUUGCAUUCGCUUCAACAAGGAGGGGAGACUGCUGGCUGUUGCUGCAAGCGAAAAUAAAAUCAAAAUCUUAGAACCUGAUUAUGAUGUUUUACUGAUGCAAAAUGAAGCGCCUUCUAUUCAUGCCCCCACUGUUCUCUCUGAAACCUCAGCAGAGAAUGAGAACAAAGAAGUCUUGGAAGGCAUGAAUACUAAUUUAACCGAAGAAGAUAAUAACUCGUCGAAGUUUUGGAAGAUCUUCAAAAUUUCUGAACCAUCUCAGUGUCAGUUCAUGCAGCUCCCUGUUCAUCCAAAAGUCAAUAAGAUUGUCAGACUGAUUUACACCAGCGCGGGAAAUGCCAUCUUGGCUUUGGCAUCAGAUGGUAUAAAUGUACUUUGGAAAUGGCCAGGGAAUGAGCAAGCAACCUCCCAAGUUUCCCCUCACUUAUGGCAACCAAGGAAUGGCUCGCGGUUUAUGAGCAACGACCUUGGGAGUGUCAAGCCCGAAGAAUCAAUAGGCUGUUUUGCUAUAUCAAAAAAUGAUUCAUAUCUCAUUUCAGCAUCAGGUGGUUUAAUCUCUUUGUUCAACAUGUUGACAUUCAAGACUAUGACAACUUUCAUGUCCCCACCACCUAAGGCGACAUCUAUUUCCUUCUACCCUCAAGAUAAUAAUGUGCUUGCUAUUGGCUUUGAUGAUUCUAGCAUCUUUAUUUAUAACGUCCGUACAUGCAAGGUUAUCAGAAAGCUCAAAGGUCACUCAACAAGAGUCACUUCUCUUGCCUUCUCAAACACUUUACAUGUUCUUGUUUCUGCUGAGGUUAAUAAUCAGAUUUGCUUAUGGAAUAUCGAAGGCUGGGAAAAAGUGAAAGGAAGGAACUUGCAGAUACCUGCUCAAAGGAAGCCAGAAGUGCCAUCUGAUACUCACAUUCAGUUUCACCCGGAACAGAUAAACUUCCUCGUUGUACAAGAUAGCCAUCUUGCAAUUUAUGAAGCACAGGAAUUAACUUGUAUCAAACAGUGGGUUCCGGUACUCCCUUUGGUUAUCUCCCAGGCAGUUUUCUCAUCUGAUGGAACGGACAUAUAUGCCGGAUUUGUGGAUGGGACUAUCACCAUAUUUGAUGGUUUAAAUCUUCAGCCUCUUUGCAAGAUAGAUCCCACUGCUUACCUGCCCCACACUUCAAGUGAGAGCAUAUCCCUACUUGCUAUGGCGGCAAAUCCCGUGACGGCAGGCCAGUUUGCUGUGGGGCUUUCAGAUGGUAAUGUCUAUGUGAUGGAGCCUCCUGAGCCAGGACCUAAGUGGCCCACACUUGCACGUGAUGACAAGGAGGCAGCAGAACCCAGUGGUGUGGGAGUCGUUUAGUCUGAUGCGAAUUGAGGGGGAUAAGACUUGCACAUGGUUUAUCCAGGGAGCAAUAAAUCGGCCCAAUAGUUCAGUUGUUGCAUUAGUUUUAUAGAAAUCUUUCUGGGGCCUUUGUUGAAGGCCCGAACUCUGAAAAAAAAAAAUUGAUGGCCCCUGCUUAUACCUCCUCUUUAUCUGCUUCUAAUGGAUGUCAUUGCGCUUUAA